GUAUGUGACUUUUGAUCCUCAGGGUCAUGAGUUCAAGCCCCGCGUUGGGUAUAGGGAUUAAAAAAUUAAAAGUAAAUCUUAAAAAUUAAGUAAAUAAUAUUUUAUAAGUGGGGUAAUACCGCAUUUUUAUUCAUAUCCAUCCAGUGGGUUCAUAAUACAUUCAGAGUUUAAGCCAGAGUUCUGAUAGCCUACAAGGCUAUAGUUUGACCUCAUAUUACUCCUGUGAUUUUAUAUUCUUCACUCCUCUCAGGCUGUCUCUUUUAGCCACUCUGAUCCCCUUGCUGAGCCUUUCAACAAACUAGACAUCUUGCUUCACAGUCUGCACCUGUUGAAUCCUACGUCUGGAAUUCAAUAAUGUUGCUAUCUUGGGUAAAAGAAUCAAAUUCUUAACCAAUUUAAGAAAUACAUAAACUUCACCACCAUGCCCGUGAAAAAUGUUAUUAUAUUACUGACCUAAUGUUUAGGAAUCAAAAACUCCGUUAUAAUCUUAACUCUGCCAAUUGAUUGCUAGUAACUUUAGGCAAAUUACCAGCUUCUCUGGUACCAGCUUCUCUGAACCUCUGUUUCCAUAUCUAUAAAAUGAAAGUAUUAAUACAUAUCCCUACUUUAUAAGAUUAUUGAGAAGAUUAAAUAGCAUAUAUAAGACAGUUGACACAAUAUACAGCAUAUUUAGUAUUCAGUAAAUGUUAGCUAAGUUAAUUGUUACUAUUCAUAAUGCUGUUUUUUAUCAUUACUUUUUUUAUGUUUAUUUAUUUUUGAGACAGAGAGAACACAAACAUGGGAGGGGCGUAAAGAGAGGGAGACAAAGAAUAUGAAGUAGGCUGCAGGCUCUGGGCUGUCAGCACAGAGUCCGACACAGGGCUCGAACUCAUGAACUGUGAGAUCAUGACCUGAGUGGAAUACGGACACUCAACUAACUGAACCAGCCAGAUUUUUGAUUGGUCAGGGAGCACAUGUAGGAGCUGUCAACAGUGAAGGAGAUACACCAUUAGAUAUUGCUGAGGAGGAGGCAAUGGAAGAGCUACUUCAAAAUGAAGUUAAUCGGCAAGGGGUUGAUAUAGAAGCAGCACGAAAGGAAGAAGAACGGAUAAUGCUUAGAGAUGCAAGACAAUGGCUAAAUAGUGGUCAAAUAAAUGAUGUCCGGCAUGCAAAAUCUGGAGGCACAGCACUUCACGUUGCAGCUGCGAAAGGCUAUACAGAAGUUUUAAAGCUUCUAAUACAGGCAGGCUAUGAUGUUAAUAUUAAAGAUUAUGAUGGCUGGACACCUCUUCAUGCUGCUGCUCACUGGGGUAAAGAAGAAGCAUGUCGAAUUUUAGUGGACAAUCUGUGUGAUAUGGAGAUGGUCAACAAAGUGGGCCAGACAGCAUUUGAUGUAGCAGAUGAAGAUAUUUUAGGAUAUUUGGAAGAGUUGCAAAAGAAACAAAAUCUGCUCCAUAGUGAAAAACGGGAGAAGAAAUCUCCAUUAAUUGAAUCAACAGCCAAUAUGGACAAUAAUCAGUCACAGAAGACCUUUAAAAACAAAGAGACAUUGAUUAUUGAGCCAGAGAAAAAUGCAUCCCGUAUUGAAUCUUUGGAACAAGAAAAAGUUGAUGAUGAAGAAGAAGGAAAGAAAGAUGAGUCUAGCUGCUCUAGUGAAGAAGAUGAGGAGGACGACUCAGAAUCAGAAGCUGAAACAGAUAAGACAAAACCUAUGGCUUCUGUAACUAAUGCCAAUACAUCUAGUACACAAGCAGCUCCUGUAGCUGUUACAACACCUGUGUCAUCUGGUCAGGCCACACCUACGUCACCUAUUAAAAAGUAUGAUUUCAUUGCUCCUAUCAUGCCUGUGGUGGAAUCAGUAGAUCCUGCAUCAUGGAGGCAGGGCUUGCGCAAAACUGGCAUUGUUCUUGUGCCCAAUAAGGGUGAAAAAUCCAUGUUUCCAACCUCAGCUACAAAAAUUUCUCCCAAAGAAGAAGAGAGAAAAGACGAGUCUCCUGCAUCUUGGAGGUUAGGACUUAGAAAGACUGGCAGUUAUGGCGCACUUGCAGAAAUCACAGCAUCUAAAGAGGCUCAGAAAGAAAAAGACACUGCAGGUGUUAUACGUUCAGCUUCGAGUCCCAGACUCUCCUCCUCUUUGGAUAAUAAAGAAAAGGAGAAAGAUAGUAAAGGAACUAGGCUUGCAUAUGUUGCACCUACAAUACCAAGACGACUAGCCAGUACAUCUGACAUUGAAGAGAAAGAAAACAGAGACUCUUCAAGUUUACGAACGAGUAGCUCCUAUACAAGAAGAAAAUGGGAAGAUGAUCUCAAAAAGAAUAGCUCAGUUAAUGAAGGAUCAGCUUACCAUAAAAGUUGCUCCUUUGGUAGAAGACAAGAUGAUUUGAUUAGUUCUAGUGUUCCAAGCACCACAUCAACACCAACAGUUACCUCUGCAGCUGGGCUUCAGAAAAGCCUGCUUUCCAGCACAAGCACUACUACAAAGAUUACAACGGGUUCUUCCUCAACAGGCACACAAAGCAGUACCUCAAAUCGUUUGUGGGCUGAGGAUAGUACUGAAAAAGAAAAGGACAGUGUUCCUACGGCAGUGACCAUCCCUGUUGCUCCAACUGUUGUAAAUGCUGCAGCCUCAACCACAACCCUGACUACAACUACUGCUGGCACUGUCUCCUCCACAUCAGAGGUCAGGGAGAGACGCAGAUCAUACCUCACUCCUGUUAGAGAUGAAGAGUCUGAAUCCCAAAGAAAAGCAAGAUCUAGACAAGCAAGACAGUCUAGAAGAUCAACACAGGGAGUAACACUGACUGAUCUUCAGGAAGCUGAAAAAACAAUAGGAAGAAGUCGUUCUACCCGAACCAGAGAACAAGAAAAUGAAGAAAAAGAAAAAGAAGAAAAAGAAAAACAGGAUAAAGAGAAGCAAGAAGAAAAGAAGGAGUCAGAAACAUCUAGAGAAGAUGAAUAUAAACAAAAAUACUCCAGAACAUACGAUGAGACUUACCAGCGUUACAGACCAGUAUCCACUUCAAGUUCUACCACCCCAUCCUCUUCACUUUCUACCAUGAGCAGUUCACUCUAUGCUUCAAGUCAGCUAAACAGGCCAAAUAGUCUUGUAGGUAUAACUUCCGCUUACUCCAGAGGAUUAACAAAAGAAAAUGAAAGAGAGGGAGAAAAGAGAGAAGAGGAAAAAGAAGGAGAAGAUAAAUCACAACCUAAAUCAAUCCGAGAACGACGACGACCAAGAGAGAAAAGGAGAUCUACAGGAGUUUCAUUUUGGACACAAGAUAGUGAUGAAAAUGAACAAGAGCAACAAUCAGAUACAGAAGAAGGAUCCAACAAGAAAGAAACUCAGACGGAUUCCAUUUCUAGAUAUGAAACCAGUUCCACAUCAGCUAGUGAUCGGUAUGAUUCCUUAUUGGGUCGCUCUGGAUCAUACAGUUACUUAGAAGAAAGAAAACCUUAUAGUAGCAGGCUAGAAAAGGACGACUCAACUGACUUUAAAAAGCUUUAUGAACAAAUUCUAGCUGAAAAUGAAAAGCUGAAAGCACAGCUACAUGAUACAAAUAUGGAACUGACAGAUCUUAAAUUACAAUUGGAAAAGGCCACCCAGAGGCAAGAAAGGUUUGCUGAUCGGUCACUAUUGGAAAUGGAAAAAAGGGAACGAAGAGCUCUAGAAAGAAGAAUAUCUGAAAUGGAAGAAGAGCUCAAAAACCUGCACCAAAUAAAGCAAAUUCAGACUCUGAGAGAGUUAAAUGAACGACUGCUGACUGAGAAUAGGGCCUUGACAAGAGUGGUAGCCAAGCGCUCAGGGUUCUGUAGGCAACUGCAGUCUGUGAACCUAUAACUUGUAGUUUCAUCAUUUCUUCUUGGUAGAGCCAGAUGUUACCAGACCUAAAAGCAGACAACCAGAGGCUAAAGGAUGAAAAUGGGGCCUUGAUCAGAGUAAUAAGCAAACUUUCCAAAUAAAAAAAAGGAAAAAAAAAAGCAGCAAGUAAUGGAAUUGCACAUAUGAGCAACCCAGUGGACCAUAAUUGACAGUCACUGGAAGCCUGGGAAGAAUCCAGGGAGACUGUCAUUUUCGGAUAUCCUGCCAAAUGCCCUCUUAUCUAGGAAUUUUGUUUUGUUUAAUUUUCUGGGUUUUUUUUUUUUUUUCUUGUAUCAAGACCAUUGUUUCAUGUUAAUGCAGCUGCUGAGAAGAUUUUUUUUUUUUAAUGACUGAGAAAACUUGUUUACAGCUCCAGCAUUUAAGGAAAGUGUUCAAGGCCAGAUAUGCCUCAGAGAUAUUUAACCAGUAAGCCUUAGUUGUACAUAAAUACUUUUGUGUCAACAAAAACUUUCAGCUCUCACAGAAGACAGUUAUUCAACAUUUUUUGAUGUGCCACAGUUUCCAGUUUUUCGAUAUUUUUUUGCUUUACAUCUAAGUUUGGGUUUGUAUUUUUUCCUUCUAACUCUUCAUGUGGCAGACUCAUCUAUGUUUUCACAGCUUUCUCAUUUACAGAAAAGAACACCUGUUCUCCUGAUAUCAUUGUCAUGUAUUAGGCUAAUGCUCUGUUGUCUUCCGCCUGGAACUGAAUUGCUUGGUGGAACAUUUGCUUUCACUGUUUGUGCAAUAUGCAUUUAUUUCUUAUAUGAAUGCUUUAAAGUCAAUUGAGAUUAGAUUCUUUUAAGUCCUAUUUUCUGCCUUUGUUGGUCACUUUUUUGUUUUUGUUUGUUUUUUAUUAUUGUAGUAUAUAAUCUUCACAUUCAUUUUAGCAGGUACUGAGUGAUGCUGUAUAUAUAAAUAAGUGUAUUGUUUUGAUUUUUAGACCACCACAUGGCAUGCUUGACUAUUUUCUUAAUUGAAAUGUCUGUUAAUGCAAAGUAGGCUACUCCAUAAUAGUGUUAAAAACAAAAUUUGCUAACAAUGUGAUAUAAAGACUUAAAAAGUAACACAUUAUGUGGGGCCCUAUCUUUACAAAAGUUUUCUACUGUAAAGUGCUUUUACUUUUAUUUUCAGUUUUCAUUUGAUAGUAUUCAACCACAACUAAAGUUGCAUAAGAUAAUUGCUUCACAUUUCACAUACCUAUAUUUAUCUGAGUGCUGUCUAAAACUGUUGUGCUAGCCAAAGUAAUGCUAUGAAAUCAUUUGCAGACUUAACCGUGAGUUAAUGUUAAAUGCACUGUUAUUGCCAUGUGAAGAGGCAUUGACUUUGAUACCACCAUCAUGUUCAGACCAUUUUAUACAUUUCAGUGGCCUUUUAAAAAAAAAAAAAAAAAAAAAGCAAAACCAAGUACAUAGUGAAGAUGGCUUUUAUUUGGACAAAUAGCUUUUAUAUUUUCAUCAAACCAUGCAAAAAAAUACCACAUCUUUCUGGCACAUAACUGUCUCCUUAACCACUGAACAGUUCAGCCAUUUGAAUAAAUUGUACAUUGUAAAGCUUAUAGUAGCUAAUUGUAUUAUUGAUUGUAUUGUAUACUAUAUUAAAUGUGAAUUUGUACCCCUUCAUUUUAAAAGGUCAUUGUGUUCUACUGCCUAUUUUAGAUUACUUUGGGACUGGGAAAGGGUGUUUUGGUAAGCAGGAUUUUAAGUCCUCUCUCUCUUGAUUGGUUUUAUGAAGAUAUAAGGUUAUGCUCUUACUACCAAGCUCAGGAUUCUUGAUUUUUAAAGGUACAAGGAUAGUUAUGGGAAUUUUAUUUUUGGUUAUAUUUGAAUUGUAUGAAUGGUGGGUCUGAAUAUAGAGAAUUUCCAUGGUCUUAUGUGGACGUAAAAUAUACAGAUAAUUGAUCAGUUUGAGUGACUGCAACAUGUUCUGGUUGCACAACAGUUAGGCAUGCUAAGGAUUAUAUUUGUGAAGUUUGGAUGCCUGUGAAGAAUGAUUAAAUACAUGUUUCUAAUAUUUUAGUGUUUUGUAUUUAGGUUAUUUAUUCUUUGUAUCUAAAACUGAACAGCUACUGUGCUAUAUUGAUUUUAUUGGUAGUAUUGAGCAGACCUUAUUUCUGCAUGAAACUAGUUGCAAAACCCACUAUUUUGGAAAUAAAAAUGUAUUUUGACAUAUACAAAUAAAAUGAAUAAAACUA